CCGUGUGGAUCGGCUCGAUGGCAAGACCCCUGUGCCACCCAGCAAAGGCCGCCUAGCUCGGAGGCAGUCCAGCCCCAGCCUGCCCAGGGAGGGCCAGCGGCUCUCAUGGCACCUUGAGCAGCGCAGCAGAGACCCCAAGGAGCCCCUGUGCUCCCCCAGCCCAGCUCGGCACCCUGAGAAGGCCAGCAGGAGCCGGGGGGACCGCCCGCACCCUGCCAGCACCAGCUGGUUGUUGGACAGAGGCAACCGGAGCCCACGCUCCACAAGCCCAGCACAACGGUCCAUGAGUCCCACAAGCGCUCCACAAGCCCGGCUCCGAGCACCCGUGAGCCCUCCCUGGUGCUCAGAGAAGAGCUGGAGGAGCCGAGAGGAGCCUGUACAUGCCCCCAGGUCAGAGAGGGGCCGAGCUGCCUGGCUUGGGGGGAGUACAGGGCAAGCACCAGAGAGGAAGAGCCGAGGGGACUCACUGCACCCGGCAGGCCUUGGGAAAGGCUUGGAUAACAGCAGGCUGAGCCGGGUAGCACCACCACCGCGGUCCCUCAGUCCUGGGAGACAUACGGAGAGCACAUGGAGAAGCCAAAAGGAGAUCGCCCCUCCAGUGCGUGUAGCAGAGAGGCAACGGGGGAGGCCAGGGGAGCUGCUGCAGCUUCGGACCCCUGGGAAGCCAUCAGAAUGUGGCUGGCAGAGCCUCCGGGAAAAGCUGCCAGCCUCCCACCCUGGGAAAGGCACCAGCAGAGACUGGAAAGGCCAAGACAAGCCCUUGCGCCCUGCAAGCCCAACACGAGCUGUGGAGCAGGACUGGAGGGGUCAGGGGGAUGCCCUCCAAGCACAGGCAUGGCAGAAGGACUGGAAGCGCCAUGAGAAGCCUGUGUGCCACGCGGACUUGAUGCGCCAGCUGGAAAGGGACUGGAAAAGCCCCACUAAAUGUCCCGAUGUAAGACUACGGCCAGAUGACAGCUGGAAAAGGCCUGAGAGUCCAGCACAGCAGCUGGAGGAUGACUGGAAAGGCCCUGAGCACACCCGAAAUACAAACAACCCAGAGAAGCCAUUGGAAAGCGACUGGGAGAACAAGAGGCUUCUCAUUUACCAUCCCCAGCUGUGUGGAGGUGCCUUCCCAUCACAAAAGAGCACUGGAUCCUCAGGAGGCCUGCAACCACGUUCAAAUGACAGUGAGAAGCGCAACAAGCCGGAUCUCCUCAAUUUCAAGAAGGGAUGGAUGUCCAUCCUGGAUGAGCCAGGAGAGUGGAAGAAACACUGGUUCGUGCUGACUGACUCGAGCCUGAGGUAUUACCGGGACUCGAAUGCAGAGGAGGCUGAUGACCUUGAUGGAGAAAUCGACCUCCGCUCCUGCACGGACGUGACAGAGUUUGCGGUGCAGCGCAACUAUGGCUUCCAGAUACACACGAAGGAUGCUGUCUUCACCCUAUCGGCAAUGACCUCAGGCAUCCGGCGCAACUGGAUCGAGGCCCUGAGGAAGAACGUGCGCCCAGUCAGUGUUCCAGACGUCACCAAGCUCUCUGACUGUGAUAAGGAAAACUUCCGUAACUGUGUCCCUCAGAAGGGCUCGCUCCGGACGGAGGACCAGCAGCAACUGGGCUCUAGCUCCGAGGGGAACUCAAAGGGCAGCCACUGGAAGGCAGAUGGGCAGCGCCAUGCCUUUGACUAUGUGGAGCUGUCCCCCUUGCCACAGGACCCCGGAAAUCAGGGGUCCCUGCAGAGGACGAGAGGGAGCUUGAGGGUCUCUGACCGAGCUCCGAAGCAUGAGGAGCUGGAGCGGGAUCUGGCUGUCCGUUCAGAGGAGAGGCGGAAAUGGUUUGAGGCCCCCGAUGUCAGGGUCCCAAACAGCGAUGGGUCAGGGGGAGACUCUUCCCGCAAUGUGGGGGAGCUGGACCUCCCCACUCCCCCACUUUCGGAGGACCAGCGCAUCCGACUGAACGAGGAGAUAGAGAAGAAGUGGCUGGAGCUGGAACGCCUGCCCUUGAAGGACUCACGGCGGGUGCCCUUGACAGCACUGCUGAACCAGAGCAAGGGGAGCCAUGGAGAUACCAAUGAGGCACUGAAAAAGGAGAUCCAGUCACUGCGGGCGCAGCUGGAAUCCUGCCGGGCCCGGAAUGAGAGCCUUCGGGAGGCAGCAAAAUCCCAGGGAGAAGGCCAUGUGCCCCGGGGGUACAUCUCACAGGAGGCGUGCGAGCGCAGCCUGGCUGCAAUGGAGUCAUCCCACCAACAAGUGAUGGAGGAGAUCCAGCGGCACCACCAGCGGGAGCUGGAGCGGCUGCGGCAGGAGAAGGAGCGGCUCCUGGCAGAGGAGGCAGCGGCGACAGCAGCAGCCAUUGAGGCACUGAAGAAAGCCCACCGGGAGGAGAUGAACAAGGAGCUGUGCAGGACACGAAGCUUCCAGCAGUGCAGCUCAGUCUCAGAUGCCCUCCAGAAGCAGCACCAGUUGGACGUGGAAUCCCUGAAGCGGGAGCUGCAGGUGCUCUCUGAGCAGUAUUCCCAAAAGUGCCUGGAAAUCGGGGAGCUCACGCAGAAGGCAGAGGAACGGGAGCAGACGCUGCAGCAUUGUCAGCAGGAGGGGAAGGAGCUCCUCCGGAAAAACCAGGAGCUGCAGACCCGCCUCUCGGAUGAGAUCGGGAAGCUGAGAAGCUUCAUUUCCUCACGGAACUCUGGGGACCGCUCUCCAAACAACAACGAGCGGAGCUCCUGCGAGCUGGAGGUGCUGCUGCGGGUGAAGGAGAAUGAGCUCCAAUACCUAAAGAAAGAGGUGCAGUGCCUCCGGGAGGAGCUGCAGAUGAUGCAAAAGGAUAAGAAAUUUGCCUCAGGGAAAUACCAAGACGUCUAUGCAGAGCUGAAUCACAUCAAGGUGCGCUCGGAGCGAGAGAUUGAGCAACUGAAGGAGCACUUGCGCCUGGCCAUGGCGGCUCUACAGGAGAAGGAGUCGCUGCGCAACAGUGUCGGCGAGUAACGGUCUGCUCUUCAUUUGUUUAUCUGUUCUUGUUUUGUAUUUGCUUCAUUCCUCACUUGCGGGGAGGGGGAGGUUGAAUCCCAUCCGUUACCACCUUGGCAAGGAAUCCUACACACCCCCAACCUCCUCACUCCCCUCCCAAAGCUUUUAUGAUGAACCCCUUUUGUCUGCGUACCUGAGCACAUUGUUUGGACUGGCUCCUUACAUGCACCUUCUUCAGGAUUUUAUAUGUGAAAAUUAUAUUUUAUAGAGGAUUUUUCCUCCCGGGAAGAAGGGGAAGAGGAGGGGGGAAAACUUUUACUACAUCACCAGCAUUUUCUAACCUGAAAAAGAGAAUCUGGUUGUCGCCCCUUCCCCAGCCCUACACAGCCACCUUGGGCACAUGCUCCCUCUCUUCUGAAUGUCUUCACGGCCCCCAGGGGAUGUAUGGUGAGGACCACACUCCCCCCCUGUGCCACCCCGGGGACCUUUGGAGAAGACCUGCAAGCCAUAGGAGGGAGCCUCUGGGGCAGUCUGCCAUGGAUGUGCUUGCCGGGGACAUUGGGAAGAGGAGACCUUGGCAAGAGUCCACAUGAUUGAGCUCUCUCCGUGACUGCCCUUUGGCUCCUUCGACAACCCGAGGUGGCUGGAGCCCAGAGGCACGGGACUUCUCCUGUGUGGGGAAGAGGAGCUGUGAGGCUGGUACUGCACCUGCCAGAGCCAACCCCCCCUCAAGGUGGCAGUUGCUGCUGCUCUGCUGCACCCUUCAACUUUUAACUUAAUAAAAUCUUCCGCUUUCGCUGA